AUGGCGGCCGCUUGGCCCUCCGGGCUGGUUGCUUCUGAGACUGCUGCCGCUGGGCUCCUGGGUGUUCUGUGGUUUGCGUCAGUAAUCACGGGACCUUGGGGAGCUGCCACGGGCGGCGAGGAGACACUUACGUGCGAGGACCUCAAAGUGGGACAAUAUAUUUGUAAGGAUCCAAAAAUAAAUGAUGCUACACAAGAACCAGUUAACUGUACAAACUGCACAGCUCAUGUUCCAUGUUUUCCAGCACCUAACAUGACUUGUAAGGAUUUUAGUGGCAAUGAAACACAUUUUACUGGAAACGAAAUUGGUUUUCUCAAGCCCAUAUCUUGCCGAAAUGUAAAUGGCUAUUCAUACAAGGUGGCGGUUGCACUGUCUCUUUUUGUUGGAUGGUUGGGAGCAGAUAGAUUUUACCUUGGAUACCCUGCCUUGGGUUUGUUAAAGUUUUGCACUGUAGGACUUUGUGGAAUUGGGAGCCUAAUUGAUUUCAUUCUUAUUUCAAUUAAGAUUGUUGGACCUUCAGAUAGAAGUAGUUACAUUAUAGAUUAUUAUGGAACCAGACUUACAAGACUGAGUAUUACCAAUGAGAAAUUUAGAAAAACUCAGUUAUAUCCAUGAAUAUUGUUUAAAAGAAACAGA